ACCUAUUUCUUUUUUUUUUUUUCCUCCGAAUAUUUUCAUUUUUUAAUUUCUUCUUUGAUUUUAGUUUCCCCCUUUCCUUUUUCCUCCGAUUCAAUCGCUCGAUUCCGACAAGCCCCACCGAUUUCUUCGGCGAAGAGACGGUCAUUUCUCCGAUGGCGCGCCGUCUUUUCGCCUGCUUCGGCGGGAGAGGGUCUUCCACGUCCGCCGUUUUAACUGGCGGGAGAGGGUCUUCCACGUCCGCCGGUAACAACGCCGCCGUCGUCGCCGCAGAUGUUCCGGCCGGAGACGGGCCCGUCCUGGUCCAGUUAUUCUCGUCGCAGGGGUGCAAGACGUCGCCUGAGGCAGAGAUGAUGGUGUCGCGGCUCGGCCGCGGCGAUUUCGACGGACAGACCGGCGGGGGAUCUGGUUCUUCUCCGGUGGUUGUGCUGGUCUUUCACGUUGAUUAUUGGGAUUACAUGGGAUGGAAGGAUCCGUACGGAUCGAGCCAGUGGACGGUUAGGCAAAAGGCGUAUGUCGAGGCGCUGAGAUUGGACACCAUGUUUACUCCGCAGGUUGUGGUCCAGGGACGAGCCCAAUGUGUCGGAAACGAGGAGGAGACUAUUCUGAAGACGAUCGUCGACGCGCCUAGGUUCCCUUCUCCGGCUUUUCGGGCAACUUUCCAGAGACCAACCUCGGAAACCCUGCAAGUGUCUCUUACGGGACCACUGCGUACGAAAGCAGACAGCAACGGGAUCGAUGUGAUGGUGGCGUUAUACGAGAACGGCCUUGUGAAGGAUUGCCCUCGAGGAGAAAACAGAGGAAGAGUCCUGUCCAACGACCAUGUCGUGAGAAAGCUCGAGAAGCUCUGCACUGUCAAGGACAUGUCGGCGAAGAAGACAGUGUCCGGGACGGCACACUUCACCCUCUGGGACGGAUUCAACUGCUCGAAAUGCGGAGUUGCCGUCUUUCUCCAGAACAGCUCUCUUCAGAUCUUUGGCACGCAGAAUUUUCAGCUGCCUGAUGAGAUUUGAGAUCGAAAACGCUCUGCCGUGGAUUCAAUCAUUUCCUUAAUGGUUUAUUUCUUGACAUAGAUGUACAUAGAGAUGUGGUGUGGCUCUUCUUUGUUAGUAGGAUGGUUUCCUUAUGUUCAGAUUUGGGUUUUCCAAAAGUGAUAUCAGUCCAUUUUUAUACUAAA